ACUAUUCCCAGUCUGUAUUAAUUUCUCGAAAAAAAAUUUUAUGUAAUAAACAAACUCGUGAAAAAAUUUGAAUCCGAUUAAAAGCAUUUUUGUCUCGUUUUCAUAGAUUUUAAAAUUGUAGUAAAUAAUGCAACUAUUUGAAUUUACGUUGAUAUUUUCUUCAUUAUUAAUAUGUAAAUCAGUCACCUCGAGGGCUUUUUUUGUCAAAAAUGUUGAUUAUAUAGUUGGAGUUUUUAAAUACGAUCUCACGACUAAGGAUCAGGUGACUUUUAUAAGUCAAGGGGUUUUGGUCAGUCGAAAUAUUGUUUUUACAAAUUCAAAGAACAUAGAAAAGGACACGAAUUUGAAAGUUCGUCUCUACAAUUGGCAUAAGUCUCGUUUUAUAAACACUAAUCACAAAGCAGAAGAAUCUGAUUUUGAGCAACGAUUAGCUACACCCGAUAAGUUUGGCAUUUUUAGAGAAGCCAAAGUAGUUACUCUAUUACUACACGAACCAUUCUAUAACGUAAAGACUAUAUCGAAUCAAGGAGUUUCACAAAAUUACUUAUUUGAUGAAGAUCCAAAAUGUAUACUCAUGAAACUUAAAUUCAAAACCAAAUUUUCAGCUCGUUCUGUACAAGAAGUUUUUAUGAAACAAAAAGAAAUAAAACCUCACAGAAAUGUAAGACCUUACAAAUGCGAUUCGAAUUUUUUAUCAAAACUUGUUGAAAGCCCGGAAGCGACUGAUAAUUAUUAUUGUGUUGACGAAGUUGAAAAAUCUCAUUGCAAUAAUCACGGGGGUUCUGCACUUGUUUGUCAGGAUCGUGAGAGCCCAGAAUCUUAUUUUGUAGCUGGAGUUAAUGUUGCAAAUGAUAAUUGUAAAUACAUUUUUGAAAAUGUAUUAGUAUUCAAACAAUAGUACUAAUGAUAAUUUUGUAGAGUAUAAAUAUAAAUAAAAAGUUGGAAAAUCUAAA